UCAACGAUGAGUUUGAUGUCUAAUUUAACGUUAGCAGCGUAUUUUGCCUUGUAGAGCUAGUCAGGCUAUGUGCAAAUUAUGUUCAGUAAUCAGGGCAUUCAACCCGUAACUGUUGUUUUUAACAACACAAAAAACUGUUUUCUUCACCUGCCCUCGAAGUUGACAUCGCACCUCUCCCUGAACGAGAACCAGGCAUUGGAGUUGUCCUGGGGCCAUGGAUCUCCAGUUUUCCUCAGCUGGACUCACAGCAGAUCCUCCUCCAGCCUGGACAGCCAUACAGUGGAGCUCUGUCGACAACUGGGAGAAAAGCUGGGCCUGAAAGAUGGAGAGCAGGGUUUUCUGAGGCCAUGUCACCAGGUCUCAUCAGUGCAUCAAGUGUUUGUGGAGCCCCUGUCAUCUGAUGACUGGGAAAUAUUGGAGCUCCACAGUGCCGCACUGGAGCAGCAGCUGCUCGAUCAGAUCAGAGUGGUUUUCCAAGAUGCUGUGUUUCCUGUGUGGGUGGACAGCCACACAGUGAUCUACAUCCAAAUAGCAUCGAUUUCGCCAUCUGUGCCCUAUGGUCGCCUGGAGCAGUCCACAGAACUAGUUGUCUCUCCUAAGAGCCGCCCUGGAGUUGGCAACCUUAGUGGUUCUUCAGUGAGAGCCAGCGAGAAGCAGCAUUUUCACAGACGGCAGAAUGUGGAUCAUUCCACCGCCUCAGGGCCGUCUUUAGAGAACACGUUCCCCAUUCCUCAAAGCCACCAGUGGGGUGGCAUAGCUGACCUGAAGAGCCUGCUACGCUAUGUGAUAAAGGGUACUUAUGACCCAGUUAAAGAGCUACCACCUGUACCCGACAUCCCUGCCCUCCUCACUGACUCUGUCUACAGAGUGUGUGGUGCACCUCCAGGCUCUCUUUGCACUAUAAGCAAUGUUGCAACUGGUGUUAUUCACUUCUUUCCUCUGAGCCAUGUGUCGAAUGCUGGGCUAGCUGGAGGUCAGUCCCCAGUGACUUAUGGCCUGCUCUCCAAAGUUCCUUCCCCUAAAGAAGCGAGAGACAGAGCCAAGCAGGCCAUGGAGAAAAAGAAGAAUGCAGGAGUUAGUAAAGCUGCCACUACUGUGGAUGGACGAGAGGAGCUGAAAGAAGAGGAAGCCAUGGUGGUCAGGGUGGUUUGCCAUGGUACUGAGAAUCUGGCAGGCAAGGAAAGAAGUCACAGCAAGGGAGAGAUCCAUCGUGGAAGAGUAUGGAUCCCUCAGCCCUUGGCCAUCAGGUUGAAUAUCAUCCCACAUUCAACCGUUAGAAUUAAACCAGUCAAAUCAACCAUCAAAGUAGCCUCCUCUAUUCACCUACAGCCACUAAAACCACUGCCUGAGGAGGAUGAUGAGGAGAUCCGGACAGCUUUCCUUGGUUGGCUGCACACUCAGAGUCAUGAACCUUUAGCCUGUCUGACUGCACGAUGUGGCAACAUCAUCUUACAUGGAACUGAUGCAAAGUUAGAGUUCGCUUUAACUGUGCUGAAACCAGAAGCAGAGAGCGACCCUCCAGACCAGCUGUUUUUACUAGCACCCUCUGUUAUCCAGAAGGAAGACAUACAGGUAGACAGAGAGCCAGUGACCCUGACAUCUGUGAAAUCUAUAGCUGAAACACCCAAACCAGAGCUGCCCUCUCUCAGUGUUCUCGGUGGGAUCGAUGAGCUCAGUAGGACUGGAUUCGAGUUCAUCUCCCACAGCCUUCUGGGUAGUCCCCUCUCACGAGAGCUUGGUACAACUGGACGGGGUCUCCGAGGAGGAGCUCUACUCAUUACUGGUACCAAGGGGAGUGGAAAGAGUACUGUGUCCCGAGCCCUCUGUGGAAAAGCUCAAGAAGAUCUGGAUGCACAUGUGGAGGUGGUGGACUGCAAAAAACUACAAGGAAAAAGGGCAGAAACAGUGAGACAGAUGUUGCAGGAUAUUUUUGAACAGGCAGAGUGGAGGCAGCCUUCAGUUGUCCUCCUUGAUGAUUUGGACCACAUGACUGGGGCACCAACCUCACCAGAACAUGAGCAUGGCCCUGAGGCGCUGCUGCAGCUGCACAUUGCACAGAGUUUGAAGGAUGUGGUGGAUGAGGUGGUGGUUCAUUCCAGCCUGGUGUGUCUGAUCAUCACCAGCCAGAGUGAACAUUCCGUCCACCCCUCCCUCACCGAGGUGCAGGGCUCCCACUUCAUCCAGGGCUUUGUGCACAUCCAGCCACCAGACCAGGCUCAGAGAGCAGAAAUCCUGCGCCAUCUGAUCCUCAAGAAAUCCAGCCUGUCUGAGGAGACCUUACAGACUCUAGACCUGGCAGCUGUUGCCAAGGAAACAGAGGGAUACACGCCCCAAGACCUAGUACUGCUGUUGGAGCGGGCUGUCCACGCUAACACUGUACAAAGAGGACACAGUGACCAGGGUGUGUGUCUGUCAUGGAGGGACUUCGUGCAGGCUCUCAAGGGAUUCACGCCUCCCUCUCUGUGGGGCGUAGACCUCCACACCCCAAGUGGAGUUGGGCUGGAGAGGGUGGGGGGUCUGAGGGAGGUGCGACAGCAGCUAAUGGACACUAUACUACUCCCUGCUAAGUAUCCCAUCCUGUUCUCCAACCUUCCUAUCCGCCAUCGCUCAGGAAUAUUGUUGUAUGGAGCUCCCGGUACAGGGAAGACCCUGCUGGCUAGAGCGGUGGCCAAAGACAGUGGUAUGAACUUCAUCAGCAUCAAGGGACCUGAACUUCUGAGUAAGUACAUUGGAGCUAGUGAGCAGGGAGUCCGCGAUGUCUUCCAGAGGGCGCACGCUGCCAAGCCGUGCAUCCUGUUCUUUGAUGAGUUUGACUCGCUGGCCCCCAGGAGGGGCCACGACAGCACGGGUGUCACUGACCGUGUGGUCAACCAGCUUCUCACCCAGCUGGACGGGGUGGAGGGGCUGCAGGGUGUGUAUGUGCUCGCAGCCACCAGCCGUCCAGAUCUGAUUGACCCGGCCCUGCUGAGACCUGGACGACUGGACAAAUCUCUCUACUGCCCCCCUCCUGACCUGGAGGCUCGCGUGGAGAUCCUGAAGGCUCUGAGCGCCGGCCUCGCCCUGGCUGCCGAUGUGGACCUGGAGCAGCUGGCAGCGGCGACCGAGCAGUUCACCGGAGCGGACCUGAAGGCCCUGCUCUACAACGCCCAGCUGGAGGCCGUCCACAACAGCCUGGGCUCCAGCACGCCGCAUGAGCUGACCUCUGGCUCAGAAAGCGACAUGAGCCUGUCCUCCAUGAUCUUCCCGAACAACUGCAGCGGCUCAGAUGAUUCAGUGGGGGAUGGGGACCCAGGCGUGGGGAUGGACCACUCCAUGGUUCUCCUGGACCCCAGCGACCUACAGGUAGAAGACGAACAUCAUCGUUCGAACGUCUGGAGGCUCUACUUUGGCAGCUCCUAUGAGUCAGAGUUGGGGAAUUCACCGAUUUCAGGACUGAACUCGCAGUGCGUCUCUGGACCCAACUCCAUGACCCAUGACUUUGCAAGGGCAUCUGUCCGCGACCCUGGCAGCUCACUCCCACCCGCUUACAUGCCCUCGCUCCAGAGCGGGUAUGAAGAGCUCGGCCCGGAGCAGCUGGAGAGUCUACAACAAGACGUUAAUAACAUCAAGAACAACUGCAGGAGAGCCAACGAGGACUGUGUCCGGGUGCAUUCAGCCUCCAGCCAGCCGGGCCUGCUGCUGCGUCCGGCUCACGUGAACUCCGCCCUGGCUCUGACCAGACCGUCUCUCAGCAGAGCCGACUGGAACAGAUACACAAAGCUGUAUGAAGCGUUCGGCGGUGCAGGAGACGGAAAACCUCUUCAAUCAGUCACAUUCAAACCUGGACAACGCGUGACUUUAGCUUGAUCAGACAUGUUGAGUUUGACGCAGCUAAUCUGUUAAUUUGAUGUCAGUUAAUAAAAGCUGUGAUGCAUAAUAAAGACAAACAAACAGGAGAGUUUAACAGUUACAAAACAAUGUAAAUUAAUCUAACCUUUGUUUAAAUGCUUCCUACUGACUUGAAUGAGACAUUUAUCUACUUUAAAUGUAAUUACUGUACAUAUGUAUAAUAAGUAUAAAUUAUCUAAUUGUUCAAAUUAAACAUUAAA